GCCAAUGCCGACCCAACUAUAGGUUUGACGCCACAGCACAGGCCUGUCUGGCCUUUAACUGCACCAAAGACUCCGACUGUUGGACUAAUGGCGACGAGAAUCGCGAGUGUAUUGAAGGUGUUUGUGAAUGCAAUUUUCAAGAGGACUCGGAGUCGACCAAAUGCUACCUUUCGUUGUAUUCAUUGUUUCGCAUCAAAAACUAUACGACCCGUAAAGAGGGACUCCUAUUGUGUACGAUAUUUAUUAUCCCUUCGAUUGCUAUCUAUUGUCUGUAUAACGAGGCGAAGAAGA